UUACGUAUUUCAUUUGGACUAUACUAUAAUAAUUUCUGUCUGUAUUACAUUUUCUUAUUUAUUUUUAUAUUAUAUAUACUUUUUGGUUUCAUUUGCAGCAGCAAAGAUGUCUUUCAGAUUUCGUGCAGGGGCCAAUGCUUCGUCUGGAAUGGGUGUCGCUGAACAUUGUAAAGGGACCUUCUUGGAGCUACAAAGAAAGAAGGCUCAUCGUUAUGUGAUAUUUAAGAUAGAUGACAAGAAAAACGAAGUUGUUGUUGAAAAGACUGGUACUCCUGCUGAAAGCUAUGAUGAUUUUACAUUGGCUUUGCCUGAAAAUGAUUGCAGAUACGCGAUUUAUGACUUUGACUUUGUCACCUCGGAAAACUGUCAAAAGAGCAAGAUUUUCUUCAUUGCUUGGUCUCCUGCAACGUCUAGGAUUCGAGCCAAGAUGUUAUAUGCAACAUCAAAAGACAGGCUUAGACGCGAGCUUGAUGGCGUCCAUUAUGAGAUUCAAGCUACUGAUCCUACAGAGAUGGAGCUUGAUGUGCUUAAGGAACGCGUAUACUGAUAAGUUUGCUCUCUUGAAUCUGUGCCUCCAGCUUUAUAAAGUUCCAAAGCGGUGCCCGCUUCUUUCUAACAGAACACAGUUACAUAUUAAAUAAAUGGCACCCACACAUAUCUAAUUGCAUAUUCAAACUGAUUAUUGUAAGCAUUCUCUCAUUAUACCUAAUCUCAUUUGUAUCUGGUGACCCCUCGUUAUAUAUAUGCCCAUUGGCUUUUCUGGUUCA